AUUGAGAUUAUCUAUUUGGCAUAAAACGAAUAUACCUCCUUCCUUUCCUUAGAACGCUAAACCUCACUCUGUGCCUCGAAUCCUCAAAAACCCUUCUUUCGUUCAAGCUGAUACUCACUCAGUCACACCCAUUUCGCCAUUUCAUUUGGAUUUCAAGUUUUAGACCAAGCCCCGGCAGUCCUAUCAAGCUCCUGUUGCUCUGUUGAAGCUGAGUCCGCUCGUGUUAGAUCUGGAUCUGGUUUACGUGCAUACUGGUUGGAGGACGCUAACUUUAAGAUGACACAUUUGCUUUCAACUUCGUGCUCCAUAAAAGUCUCCUCUGGCUGCAGACCUUCCUCUUUGCCAUUGAAACAAGGCUUAAGUGCAUUUCCCACCUCUUUAACUUUGCAAGCAUCUGAAUCUCCAUUUACAAGGCUUGUCUCACGAGGAGAAAAGCAUCAAAGAAAUUAUACAGUCCAUGCAACCACACUUCCUGUAAGCAAGGAAGGCCCAACUCAACCCAGCUCUGGCUCCCAUCAGACCUUGAAAGAGCCAUCUAAGCCGCAGAGGGUCAUGGUCAUUGGUGGAGAUGGUUACUGUGGUUGGGCCACUGCCCUCCACCUGUCCAACAAAGGUUAUGAGGUUGCCAUUGUUGACAGCCUUGUACGUCGGCUUUUUGACCACCAGCUUGGCAUUGACUCCCUGACUCCAAUCCACUCAAUUCACAACCGCCUCCGCUGUUGGAAAUCUCUCACUGGAAAAACUAUCGAACUCUACAUUGGUGACAUUUGUGACUUUGAGUUCUUAUCAGAAACCUUCAAGUUGUUUGAGCCUGAUGCUGUUGUUCACUUUGGGGAACAGAGAUCUGCCCCUUAUUCCAUGAUUGACCGGUCACGAGCUGUUUAUACACAGCAGAACAAUGUGGUUGGGACCCUCAAUGUACUCUUUGCUAUAAAAGAGUUUAGGGAGCAGUGUCAUUUAGUGAAGCUAGGGACCAUGGGAGAAUAUGGGACUCCAAAUAUCGACAUCGAGGAGGGUUACAUUACAAUUACUCAUAAUGGAAGAACAGAUACUCUGCCUUACCCCAAGCAAGCUAGCUCGUUCUAUCAUCUGAGCAAGGUUCAUGAUUCAAAUAACAUAGCCUUCACUUGCAAGGCUUGGGUCAGAGCCACAGAUCUGAAUCAAGGAGUGGUUUAUGGGGUGAGGACGGAUGAGACUGAGAUGCAUGAAGAGCUCUGCAACAGGUUUGAUUAUGAUGGUGUGUUUGGAACUGCACUAAACCGAUUCUGUGUUCAGGCUGCUGUGGGUCAUCCACUUACUGUUUAUGGCAAAGGGGGCCAGACCAGGGCAUUCCUUGACAUAAGAGACACAGUUCAGUGUGUUGAGCUUGCCAUUGCAAAUCCCGCACAGCCUGGUGAGUUUCGGGUCUUCAAUCAAUUCACUGAGCGGUUUUCUAUCAAUGACCUUGCGACCCUUGUUACAAAAGCUGGAGAGAAGCUUGGCCUUAAUGUUCAAAGCAUUUCUGUGCCAAACCCAAGAGUAGAGGCAGAGGAACAUUACUACAACCCCAAGCACACAAAACUUGUUGAAUUGGGACUUAAACCUCACAUUCUUUCUGACUCACUUCUGGACUCAUUGCUCAAUUUUGCUAUCAAGUAUAAGGAUCGUGUUGACACACAGCAGAUAAUGCCCAGUGUUUCAUGGAGGAAAAUUGGUGUCAAGACAAGGACCAUUACAGCGUGAUCAAAUACUUGUGAUUUGUAGUAGAAGACAUAAUAAUGUCUCAUCAAUAGAAACUUGGAGAAACAACCUUGUAUCUACCUCCUUGUUCUCUCUCUCUCUCUUUUGGCAGGUUGUGUGACACCUUUUUGAACUCUCAAAUUAAAGGUAGGCUGUGAUUGCUUUGCUUA